AUGUUCGUUCGGAUCCCCUCGCUCUAUUUACUACGCAAGUCGCAAAUACUGAUUGACAUUCCACAGGGAACCGAUGAUAACGAAGCGGACUAUGACCAGGUGGAUGACCAAGCAUUAGACGACGAAGGAGGAACCGAAGAAGAGUUGGACGACGCCGAUGAUCCUCCAAAGUGUCCAGAGACCUGGCGUGAGCAGCCAACAUAUACAGUUCCCAACUUCGUCAAGAUGAUCAUGGAGGAAUACCGAGCUUUUAAAGUAGUAACUCUUUCGCAAUCCUAG